AAGUUUUUUUUAUAGGUUAAGAAGUCCCCCUGAUAUCGUGUUAAUCGUUGAAUUGAUAAAAAAAAAUAAGUUCCGUUUUUGUUUUUGCUCGACACGACAAAAUAGUAUUUUGCAGAACUAUGGCUCAAAGAGUUCAGUACGAAAAUUCGAACGAAGUGGGGGUAUUUACUAAGCUUACCAACAGUUACGCCCUAGUAGGAAUAGGAGCUUCCGAAAAUUAUUUCAGUCACUUGGAGAAUGAGUUGUCUGAUACGAUCCCAGUCAUACAUGCUUCUAUCUCUGGAUGUAGAAUAAUAGGUAGGCUUUGUGUAGGAAAUAAACAUGGGUUACUGGUUCCCCACACCACAUUAGAUACAGAACUGCAGCACUUGAGAAAUGCUCUGCCAGAUGCUGUAAAGGUUCAAAGAGUCGAAGAAAGACUUUCUGCAUUAGGCAACGUGGUUGCUUGCAAUGACUAUGUGGCCAUAGUACACCCAGACUUGGACCGGGAAACUGAAGAAAUAAUAGCCGAUACUCUCAAAGUUGAAGUAUUCAGGCAUACAGUGGCAAAUAAUGUAUUGGUAGGAACAUAUUCGGUACUGAGUAACCAAGGAGGUUUAGUCCAUCCCAACACAAAUUUGACAGAUAUUGACGAACUCUCCUCUGUACUACAAGUUCCCUUAGUGGCAGGAACUGUCAACCGAGGAAGCAAUUUGAUUGCAGCAGGCUUAGUUGUGAAUGAUUGGUGUGCUUUUACAGGAUUAGAAACUACCUCUACAGAAUUAACAGUUAUUGAGUCAAUAUUUAAACUGAACGAUUCCAACCCCGCAGUGAUAACAAGCAAAAUGAGAGCAAGUUUGAUUGAAAGCAUGUCAUAAUCAAUUGAAGAAAAUUUUUAUUUUAAUAUGUGUACAUUAUGUUUUGAAUAAAUACAUUUUCCAGUA